ACCGCGCCCCUUCCUCCACUUAUCCUUCCUUCUCAUUGUGUUCUGUUCACACAAAUGAAGAUGGAAAGAGGAGAGAGGCAAAGGCAACAUUUAAAACUUUUAUAACAAAGUUAACGCAGACUAGUUGUUAUCCUACCCUCCCUCCUCACCCCAAAACCACACACUUUCUAUUAAGCACUAAGCCGUGAGUGUCUGUAGUGCCAAAUUACCACUUGGAACGGGCUAGAGUCCAGAAAACCUUCAAGGAGACAAUAAGGCCUUGGUUUAGUUUUAAAAACCAGGCCUACGGUAAAGUAACAGUCACACAUAUUGUACUUGAUCUCUCACACCCACUGCACAAGAGGCCAGUGUAUUAUUGUAGUUUAAAGGUGUUUUGGCAAGUGGUGAGGUUUUGGCCUUGAAAGUAGAUCAGUGCAUUUGUGGUUUGUGCCAAAAAUGGCUUCGGGGUCGGAGGAGGACCUAGAGGAUGGGGAAUUGCCGUCAAGUGAAGAUGAAAGUCAAGAAAUAAAACAAGAUGAAAUUGAUAAGCCAGAUACUGUAGAGCCAGGGGUAGAUACAAUAAGAACUGGUGGAGAGAGUUCUUUAAAACGACCGUUUGAGUCAACAGAAGGCGAUAAUGACGAAGAGAAAGAUAAUAGAGACACGCCUACAUCACCUCCAACAAAGAGGCCAAAGAGAGACAAGGAAGGCGCUAGAAGUGGUGGAUCUGACGGAGAAGAAGGAGAAAUAUUCUCAGACGAUGAAGAGGCAGCAUACUACCCACAACUAGUCAAACCAAAGAAUGACAGAAACACUUCCUCGCCUUUCUCGCAGGACACAUAUGGUCACUAUGGCGACAGAGAAAAUCAUACUUCCUACCGGUCUCGUGAAGGUGGCCGUUAUCGCCACCAUAACCGACGGUGGACACAACAUGAGAACGAGAGAAGAGAGAGGGGGAACAACCGGGCCAGUGACCUUGUGGGCACACCCAUACGACACGACCGUUACCAUGGUGACAAGAAAUGGAGUGAUUACAGUCCCUCCUUGACUCUUGAGACAAUUGAAAGUCGAAUCAGCAGAAAUCUGGCGUUACUUCCGACUCCAAAAACCAAUCAAAUCAGCCUAGACGAAAUGAACUAUCCUGCCCCGCCCCAAUGGUACCUGAAAUCAGUAUCUGCUUUUCAUAAAAAUAAAGCAUAUCAGAAGAAAUUUGAAGACACAAUCAGUAGCAGUAAUAGUGCCUCUAAUACUGAAGAGGAACCUGUGGGGUACACUGUUAAUGAUGAACUAGAGGUAUCACCCGUCAAACAGGUCAAUCCAGUAUCAUCUGAUACGCCUCCUCCUAUCAGUCACCAGCCAAUCCAACAGACACUCCUUGAAACCAGCCCCUCCUCCUCCUCCUCUUCUACUGAUACUUUCAAUUCUACUCCAUUGGUUAGCACAGCAACGACACCUGUUUCCAUGGAAACACGAGUGUCUCCAAUAGUCAACACGUCUCUCUCAAUGUCCCCUCAAGAGGUUGGGCCUGACCAUCAGCUCAAGACAAGUGAAAGAGGAGGAGGAGGAGGAGGAAACUUAGUAACUUCUCAAGACAUUGUACCAGGGCCUCCAGCAGCUUUGUCUUUAGUAGAGGCAGAGAAAGAGAGUAGGGAAGAUGAAAACUCACAGCUUCUCCAAUUAACUGUAAGAAGAGAAGUACCGACAGUAGCAUCCAUUACCAAAGGAAAGAGAAGAGGUGGUAGAAAGUCGUCGUCUCCGGCUGUAAGAAAAAGAAAUUUAAGAACUAGCACAAACAAGACCAGCAGUCCUCUCUUAGUGUCCAUUAAACUGUCAAGACUGCAGAUGGACAGCGGUCGACUGGUCGAUAGCGAGGACACCGGGUUUAAUUAUGACGAUUAUCUUGACCAGUUGAACAACGAGGAGGAGGAGGAGGAGGUGGGAGAGGAUGAGAAUAAUGGCGGGUUUGACUUUAAAGCAGCAGCUGCUGAUUUUUGGAUCGAUACUAGCCCGUCAAAAGGAGGAGGGACUGGGACAAAGUCUGAUACGACUAGCAGUCCUUUGGAUGAAGAGUUUCCACUGCUACAGGGAGAUAAAAGACCAAGACUCAAUAGUGGGGGCCCUGAGAGUACUGGUAGUUUAACGGCAAUCGUUGGAGAGCAAACUGUUGAUGAGGGUGUACAUGUACUAGAAUUGGAGAAAAAAAAAGAUGAUUCCCAAAUGUUGAAGAAAAAUAUAUCGAAAAUGAAAAUACCGCGAAAGAGGAAAGAGAAGGAUAACGGCAAAGUAGGAGGAGAGAACCCAAACGAGAGUCCCGAGAACGUACAUGUACAACAUGUACCAGCAGAUCAACAGGAGCCACAGCCGCCCACUAACCCAGCUGCUAAAAUACCCUGCAAGUACUUCCUCAAUGGUCACUGUAUUCAUAAAGACAAUUGCAUGUACAGUCAUGCUGUCAAGAGAGAGAAGAAGAGAGAGAUGUGCAAGUUCUUUUUACAAGACGCUUGCGACAAAGGAGACGACUGUCUCUUUUACCAUGGUGGUUUCCCAUGUCGGUACUUUCACACCCGCCACAUGUGUUACCAUGGAGACAAGUGCAAGUUCUCCCACGCCCCUCUUACCCAAGAGACCUAUGACAUACUAAUGAGCGUCAUUGAACCAAAUAUGAGAGAUUUUGUUCGUUACCCUCCCCCUCCUCCUCAUCCUUUGGCUCCACCCACUGCCACACCCAUUCCAUUUGAAGGACCUGAAUCCAGAGCACCUAAUCCUUUGGAUUUACCUCCAGGGCCUUAUGGACCAUCGUACCAUAAUCCACCACCAGUUGAUGGACACUGGUCGACCGAUGUUACCCAUGAGAGGAAUGUACAUGUACAUGUACAUGUACCCCAGCCAGUGGACGAGGGUCAGCACUGGGCACAGAAACUUGACGAGGAAGAAAAAUUAAAGACCAACGUUCGACUGUCUCCUGGAUUUAAUGUGUCGGAACUGUUUCCUGAACCACACCCCCAGGUGCUACCUCAUGAGCUAGCAACUCAGCUACGUAAAGUGUUACUACCCACUCCAUUAACAACUGAGAAAGAGAAUGAAGAAGAGAAGAAGAAAGAAAAUGAAGAGUUUGAGUUGGAGUACUGGGAAAAUAAGGACAGAGACGCCUCGGACUCAAAUACAGGGCAGGAGCAACCUUCACCUAACUCCCUCCCUCCCUCCUCUCUCCCUCCUCCUCCUCCUCCUUUCCAUUCUCCUCCAUCAUCCCAUGUCCAGUCUGCCCCACAGCCCCAGCAUGUCUUUACUGAUCAUACUCGCCCAUUAUUAGACCAACCUGCACCACCUGCUUUAAUGCCGGUCGGCCCCAGGCCAGGGUUCAUGCCCCCUCCACCGGGUCUGGUACUCAUUCGUCACAGUGUACCUCCCCCUCGUUCCUUUCACCCGCACCAUCCCAUAAUCAUAAGAGGUCCGCCAAAUCUUGCUCCGCCUUUUUAUCCUGGACCACACCCCCCUGUUGACCAAACGCCUCCUUUAUUAGGCCCGUCUCCUCAGCAUAGAUUUGCACCACCUCCUCACGUGGUUGGGUCUGGGAUUAUUAGUGAAACAGCACCGGACCCCAGGUCUGCUAGCGAUCCUCGGUUCUCAAGAUCAGCUAAAUCCCCGCCACGCCCACAGCCACUCCAUCAGUCCCCGCCUACUUCUCGUCCUGAUGCUACUAACCCUGGUCCUCCUCCUCUAGCUCCUUCCUCUCGUUCGUCUGAAAACUUUUCAUCAUCAGCUUCUCAGAGUUUGCCAGAGACCAGAGCAAGGGGAGGCGUGUCAGCUCCACCCACAUCAGCCUCGUCAGUUUGGGGUAGCUCGGGGAGCACCUCUGCUAAAACUGAAACUGUUAGAUUAGUUAACCCGAGAGAGAAAUACUCUCAUUUAAAGAUAAAACCAAAAACGAGUGGAGGAGGAAGAAUGUCACCUGAUUCCUCUGCUCUUAGCUCUGUCCUUAAGAAACAGCACGAGGGACCUGCAGAGGAUAAAAGAAAAGAUGAAAGACACCUCCCGUCCCUCCUACAGAAAACAGCCGUAUUAGACAAACCACUCCCACCUCACGAACUGUUCGGGACUCCGCCCAAAGAUGCCGAGAACAUAUCCUUAUUUGGAAGUCGUCAGCAGGUGCCAGAUUCUCCUAUUCCAAAUGAGACCCAAGCAUUUGGAGAGAUAAAAAUGUCUACCCUCUCCAUACCUAAGGAAUUACAAGAGUCAAUGGAGGGUGACAUUAAAGAGGGCGGAGACUCAGAGGAAGGCCAUGCCCCUUCUGUUCCAUCCUACCUGACCCACCUUGGCUUGGGGGACGAGAAUGACGUUCAAAUUGAGAGUGCCUUUAGUUCUUUACAAGCUAAGCAAAGACGACUGAGUGAAAUGUCAGCAUCUAUAGUCUCUGAAGACACUCUCUCAAGUCAACCGGAGCCACACCCCUCUUCAGAUGUGACCACGCCCACUACAGACGCAAGUAAUAUAAGCAAAAUGUUUAGUUUCGGCUCUAGCCUUUAUUAAUUAUUACUUUUGUACUUAAAUUGCACAGAAAAGAACAAAAAAUUACAGUCAUAUUAAU